ACACUGGUCGCAGUUUAGGCAAAAUAAUUAUUUAUGAUUGAAGCUUUAAUUGUGUAAAAUAAAUUAAACUUAAUCUUGUCUUGAUAUAAUGAAACGCGUCCUGAAUUCUCGAGCUUACUGUGUAUCAGUAGCUAAAGCUGUAGAGGAAAGGCUAGAUUUUACAAAAUUACGUCACGAUAGCAAAGUACCCGAACAGCCGGUGAAAGAAAAGUUUAACCUGGCUAACGAAGAAGUGAUUGAAAUAAAUAAUAAAAUUGUACAGCUUUUGGAGCGUCUUGCAUUGGUAAAUCUAGAUGGUGCAGAGGCUUUGAACACCUUGAAAAGUAGUAUUCAAUUUGCCAAAAGAAUCGAAGGUAUUGAUAUUGCUCAUAAGAAGCCGUUAUACACUGUAUUAGAGGAUCAAUCAUUACAUCUACGUGGUGAUACAGUCAGCGAAGGAAAUUGCCGGGACAAAAUUCUACAAAACGCUAAAAUCACUGAAGAAGAUUAUUUUAUUUCACCGCUAGGCAAUAUACCCUUAAGACAGGAAGAUAAUCAAUUAAAUUAAAUAAAGCUUAUCUAUUAUAGUAAAAAGUUUAUUUUCUCUAACA